GAACAGGGUGCCUGUGUCCCCACGAUAAACAACGAUUACAACACGUGCUGUGCUCAGUUUUGUUAUUAAAAACCUUAUUUCAAAAUACACAAAAAUGGGCAAACCGAAGAAGGCAAAUGUGGCGACUAUUAAAACAGUGAACUUGGAAAAGCAAAUCACAGAGGGCAAAGUGUCCAAAGCAAAGAACAAGGAGAAAGUUAAACUACGUGCAGAGGAGUCACCGAAUAUAGACGCGAAAAGCAGUCAAAAGAUCUUGGCAGCAGCCAGACAACAGCAACUGGAGCUGGACGAGGAAAACUUCCCAAGCUUAGCGCCCCGCAGGAAUGUUAAAUUCAAUUUAAACGAUGACGUGGAGCAGGAAAAGGAAGAUGUCAACGAAAACGAUUUCAUGGCCGACCUGGACAUGGAUGAUGAUGAUGUCGCUGCCUUCGAACGCUUCCAACAGCCGCCCACCAAGGAGGGCAAACGCACAUUACAUUUGUCUGAGAUAAUAAUGCAAAAGAUCCAAGAGAAGGGCGCGGAUAUACACACAAAAAUAUCCGAUGAGGGCUCGCUGAAAAUCGAGGAAAUCGAUCCCAAGGUUAAGGAAAUGUAUGAGGGUGUCCGGGAAGUGCUCAAGCGCUAUCGCAGCGGCAAGAUUCCAAAAGCCUUCAAGAUCAUACCCAAGCUGAGGAACUGGGAGCAGAUAUUGUUCAUAACAGAGCCGCACAACUGGAGCGCUGCUGCCAUGUUCCAAGGCACACGCAUCUUCUGCUCGGUGCUGUCCCAAGCGAUGGCCCAGCGUUUCUAUAACCUGGUGCUCUUGCCGCGCGUUCGCGAUGAUCUGUGCGAAUACAAAAAGCUCAAUAUGCACUUGUAUAAUGCACUGAAACGCGCUCUCUUCAAACCGGCCGCCUUUAUGAAGGGCAUCAUACUGCCACUGCUGGAGUCCGGGGAUUGUACAUUGCGUGAGGCCAUCAUAUUUGGCAGCGUUGUGGCCCGUAGCUCCAUACCCGUGCUGCACUCGUCCGCAUGCCUGCUGAAGAUCUGUGAAAUGAGCUAUUCCGGUGCCAAUUCGAUAUUCAUACGCUAUUUCCUGGACAAACGUUAUGCUCUGCCGUAUCGUGUCAUCGACGCGGCCGUCUUUCAUUUUCUAAGAUUUGAGAACGAUAAGCGUGAGUUGCCCGUGCUAUGGCAUCAAAGUCUACUCACCUUUGCACAGCGCUAUAAGAAUGACAUCUCGUCGGACCAAAAGGAUGCGCUGCUUCAGCUUUUAAAAAAGAAAUCUCAUCCAAAGAUUACCGCGGAUAUCAGACGGGAGCUGCAGGCGGCCAAUUGCCGUGAUGUUGAGAUGAUGGAGACUGUGAAUGAAACAGCCGGACAGCCAAUAAAAAUGUACACAGACGAAGAUGUUGGCUAUGAAGGUUAACCAAUUACUGUUUGUAAAUUUAGUUAAGAGUUUUGAAUUAUUUAACUUUU